AGGAAACCGCGUGAUAACAAGAUGGCGGCGCUGCGGGACGGCUAGCGGCCCUGCGUGGGAGUUCCUGACAGCUGGAUUCUAGAAGUAGAACUAUGAGCUCACCUUUGGCCUCCCUUAGCAAGACCCGAAAAGUGCCCCUGCCCUCGGAGCCUGUGAAUCCUGGGAGGCGAGGAAUCCGCAUCUAUGGAGAUGAAGAUGAGGUGGACAUGUUGAGUGAUGGGCGUGGCUCAGAAGAAAAGAUCUCAGUCCCUUCCUGCUAUGGCGGCAUAGGGGCCCCUGUGAGUCUGCAAGUCCCUGCAUCCCAUGACUCGGAGCUGAUGGCCUCCAUGACGAGGAAGUUGUGGGACCUGGAGCAGCAGGUGAAGGCCCAGACUGAUGAGAUACUGUCCAAGGAUCGGAAGAUAGCAGCCCUGGAGGACCUGGUGCAGACCCUCCGGCCACACCCAGCCGAGGCAACCCUGCAGCGGCAGGAGGAACUGGAGACGAUGUGCGUGCAGCUACAGCGGCAGGUCAGGGAGAUGGAGCGGUUCCUCGCUGACUAUGGCCUGCAGUGGGUGGGCGAGCCCAUGGACCAGGAGGACUCAGAGAGCAAGACAGUCUCAGAGGAUGGCGAGAGGGACUGGAUGACAGCCAAGAAGUUCUGGAAGCCAGGGGACUCAUUGGCGCCCCCUGAAGUGGACUUUGACAGGCUGCUGGCCAGCCUGCAGGAUCUUAGUGAGCUGGUGGUAGAGGGUGACACCCAGGUGACACCAGUGCCCGGUGGGGCACGGCUGCGUACCCUGGAGCCCAUCCCACUGAAGCUCUACCGGAAUGGCAUCAUGAUGUUCGACGGGCCCUUCCAGCCCUUCUACGAUCCCUCCACACAGCGCUGCCUCCGAGACAUAUUGGAUGGCUUCUUUCCCUCAGAGCUCCAGCGACUGUACCCCAAUGGGGUCCCCUUUAAGGUGAGUGACUUGCGCAGUCAGGUCUACUUGGAAGAUGGGCUGGACCCCUUCCCAGGCGAGGGCCGUGUGGUGGGCAGGCAGCGGAUGCACAAGGCCUUGGACAGGGUGGAGGAGCACCCAGGCUCCAGGAUGACUGCUGAGAAAUUUCUGAACAGGCUCCCCAAGUUUGUGAUCCGGAAAGGCGAGGUGAUUGACAUCCGGGGCCCCAUCAGGGACACCUUGCAGAACUGCUGCCCAUUGCCUGCCCGUAUCCAGGAAAUUGUGGUGGAGACGCCCACCUUGGCCGCUGAGCGAGAGAGGAGCCGGGAGUCGCCCAACACGCCGGCACCCCGGCUCUCCAUGCUGCGCAUCAAGUCUGAGAAUGGGGAACAGGCCUUCCUACUGAUGAUGCAGCCUGACAACACCAUUGGGGACGUGCGAGCUCUGCUAGCGCAGGCCAGGGCCAUGGAUGCCUCUGCUUUUGAGAUCUUCAGCACAUUCCCGCCCACCCUCUACCAGGAUGAUGCACUCACACUGCAGGCUGCAGGCCUCGUGCCCAAAGCAGCACUGCUGCUGCGGGCACGCCAAGCCCCGAAGUCCAGCCCGAACUUCAGUCCUGGCCCCAGUCCCGGUCCCCAAUAAAGCGCCCGCCCCCUCAACCCCCUGCUCCGCCAGGCUCUCAGGGGUGGGCCAUCUCGCCAGGCACGUAGGAAAGGCCUGGGACCAGCUGGGCUAGGGAGGGGGCGGUGCCGACCCGCCCCUUGGUAACUCGAGCCCCAGCUGGCGGGCCUGGCUGCUGGGUCUUUGUCUUCUAGGUUCCUCUUUCUCCCAAGGAGGGCUAAGUGGAUCCUGUGAAGGGAGGGAUGCAGGGGGGGGGAAGGAGCUGGCCUCAGCUGGGUUUACAUUCUCAGCUGGGACAGCAGAGCCUCACUGUGUACGUGUGCAGCCAGCAGCUACCUGUGCACAGGCACAGACCCACCAACUUGUGGGGACACUUCAACACCACACAAAGCCAUUUUGCCACUAGACCCAUGCCCCCAAACUAGCAGAACUGCAGCUGGGUACCCACCUCCCAUGACACACUCAUACUUAGCCAUUGU